GACGGUAGUCGGCCUAGCACCUCAUCAGGCUCGUUUUGGCGUCGAGCUUGAAUGUCUGAUUUCUCCACCCGGCAACUUCCCCUUUGCCAAAGAUCGGCGACGCGACUUCAAUGUCGCACAGUGGAUGGCGAUAUGCUGGCUUGGAUGGGCCAAUAAGAGAGUUCCGAAGCCGCCGUCAAUAUUGCUCUGUGAGCACCCCGUCAUACAAGGGACUCUCGCGAAACGUGCGCAAAGCGUCACCAGUUGGAAUAUCACGCAGGACCCCUCAGUGGAGGGCGGAGAUGAGACAAAAUUUUCGUACGAGUUCGUCUCGCCGAUAAUCACCACGCGCGCGAAAACGCAGUACGACAGUGCAUACUCCACGCUCAAGGACUUUUUUGACUUUAUGGGUGACCAUGGGUGCACCAUUGUGAACAACUCUAGCUGCAGUAUGCACGUUCACAUCAGCCCGGUGACCUCCGAGUUGUGGAAUAUUGAGUUCAUCAAGCGGAUUGCAUCUGCAGCUUAUUACUUCGAACCGGUCAUUCGCGCUCUUCUGCCGGAAGAUAGGCAGCUGGUGCCUGGCUUUGCGGCGGAGUUUCGAAGCCCUCAGCUGGCAUUCAUGUUUCCCAGGCCAGCAGUGUCGGCUAAGGCAUUGCCACCAACCCGGACCUGGUCGAAGUUGGGCAAUAAGCCGACGCUCGGAUCGAAAGAGAUCGUUGACAAGACGAUCUAUGUCGUCAAUCUGUCGGAGCAAGAUGUGAUAGACAACCUUCGCCACAUCAUGGACGGACAAUGCGACAGCAUCUGGAAAAUUCAAAGCUUUGUCCAUGCUUACUUGAGCCCCGAUAAAUACGGGGCAUGGAACUUUGUGAACAUGAGCAAAUACGACUAUUCCACCAUCGAGUUCCGCAAGCCACCUCCGGCAGAUGAUUAUGACACCGCGAUGGCCUGGGCCGACUUUGCAAUCGCUUUCGUUCUCGCCGCAACUCAGCUCGCCCAGCCAAGCCUGCAAGUAGCUGCACCCACGGAUAGUACUGCACAGGGGACGUCAAACUCGAAUGACAGCACUGCUCAAACGAAAGCAGCUCAGAUCAGCGAUGGAGCUCCGAAAAGAAGCCGCCCGAAAGCCCUGGAAUCUGAGGAUGUCAUCGGCAAGUUGCUGGGAUACGAGCUCAGCAUAGACGGGUUGAAAAAGUUCAUAUCGGCUUCUCGGCCCGCUUCUGAGGCUGGGAGGUCAGACGCUCUGGACAAGCUCUUCGCCGACCAUACGCAGGCCCAGAUUUUCACGUUUCCGCCUCUCGACCCCAAAGCACCCAAACCUGAAGGUUGGGACUCAUGGCAGGUGGGCGCAGAGGCUCAGAGUAAAACGGCGAAAGAGAACUCAUUGAUGAACGAAGAUGUGGCAUUAACGCUUUCAGAGGAGUUAUGGGCGGAACUGAAGAAACGAUAUCCCGGAUACUUCGGCACGCUGUGGCGGCUGCUGGUGGAGAAAGAGAUCAAGGCGAGACCAUCCAUGGACGACAGAGCAAAAACGAGCUACAGGGCUUCGCGCCAACGGGAUCAGCAAAACAGCCAGGCACAAUUAGCUGGGAUCAGGCCAGAGAAAUGGGGCUUCCCCAACAUCCCCUGGGAUAACUCGUACAUCGACGAGAUCAUCAAAGAUGGAGAUACGGCAAGAGCAGCUGCCAGUAUCACUACUCCAACCCCUGCUCCAACCUCCUCCGCGCCUCCCGCUCCUCCCGGCCCCACUGCUCCCACCGUCUCUAUCGCCCCUCUUGCGCCUAGCUCUACCAGCACCGUUGGCGCGAAGGGCACCACAGCGGUGUUCGUAACGAAGACGGACGAAAAUUGGAAGAUAAUGCAGGCAGCAUACCCCAACUACCUUGAUACACUGUGGCGGCUGCAGGUGGAGAAGCAUAUCAAGUUGAUGAAGCUGGUCGACAAAGACGAUGGAAACCGGUAUAGAAAGUUUUGCGAACAGAGGCGGAAUACCAACGGCGACAUCCGCUUUGCCAAAUCGCCCUCGGAGCUUGGAUGGGACGACUCCUGUAUCGAUGAAAUCAAAAAAGCCGGCCCCAGCAGUCAAACCUCCGCUCCCGGGAGCAACUCCAACACCACCUCUGCCAAUUCAAACACUCCCGCUGCCCAUAUCGCCAGUAGCAACACUCCUGCUGCUCAUACCACUAUUCCACCCGCCAACACCGCCCACCCCAAUUAA